UUUCUUAAUUAUUUAAUAUUUUAGGCAAGAUACAUACUCUUCGCCGCUGGACGUUGAUUCCAGUAGUAAACUAAACCGAACUUAAACUCUGUAUACGUAUAUAUGUGUACAUUAAUUAUACAUUUUAUUUACCCAGCUGUGCAAUUAUGAUAACGCAAUGAAAUUGCUUAAAUAAAUAUUGAGCUGCAUCGCCAUGUUACUACGCUUGCCGCUGUUGUUAUCGCGUUUUCUGCACAAUGGACGGCUGCGGCUGCUAUUCCUAGCGCUAAUUGUCCUGCUUUUAGGCGGCAUACUCUUAAAUUAUAGAUGGCAGUCGGAUGUGCAACUUUGUUUUAUUGAGAGGGAGCAAACAGAGUCGGCUUCCAGUGGCCCUUUGACGGACGCUGCUGUGCCUGUUCCAAAGAUUUUGGAAGAUGUGCUGUCAACAGAUCCCAAGCCAAUACCUGGCCGUAGCAUAUUCUUUCAUGAAACAAGUUGUCACAGACCAAAACGAAGAAGACAGCGUCAUGGCCAAAGUCCUGAUUUACAGUACAACAUGUUGCAGUUAACGGCGCGCCAGGCAUGUGCCAUUGAAUCUGCCGCAUUGCAUAAUCCGAAUUUUCAAGUGUUUGUGCUGUUCGCUGGUCCCACCUAUCGACACCUCAGCAACAGCAGCCAACGCCAGCAGCCGAUCAUCGAUGCCAUUCUAAGCUACAAAAAUGUGCAGCUUCGACAGUUAAAUCUUUGGCGCUAUGCGGCCGGCACGCCUAUUGAGGAGUGGCUAAAGGAUGGACGCUUGUUUCGGUCAAGCUAUCUUUUCUCGCAUAUAUCAGAUUUUUUAAGAUUUCUAACGCUUUAUCGCUAUGGCGGUAUUUAUUUGGACAUGGAUGUAGUAAUGCUACGCAGCAUGGAGGAUGUGCCGCCAAAUUUUACGGGCGCCGAGUCCAAUACACAUUUGGCCGCUGGCGUAAUGAGUCUAGCCCCCACUGGUUUUGGUCAUGAGAUUGCCGAGUCUUGCCUGCGUGAUUUUCAGCUGCAUUUCGACGGUAGUGACUGGGGCAACAAUGGGCCUGGGGUUAUAACGCGUGUGGCACAACAGAUUUGUGGCACACAAGAUAUCUCACUGAUGCUGGAAGAUCGGAAACGCUGCCUUGGCUUCAAGGUAUUCGAUCGCAAUGCGUUUUAUGCUGUACCCUGGAAGCAUUGGCGGCAUUUCUUCGAGCCCCAGCUGCUCGAGCAGACUCUGGAACACACGAAGGACUCAUACUUGGUGCACGUGUGGAACAAGCACUCCAAACAGCUGGCCAUCAAGGUCGGAUCGAGUACCGCCUACGGCAAGUAUGCGGAGCAGCAUUGUCCCAAGGCGUAUGCAGCAGCGGGUGAAUAUUUCUAAAAAACUAUUGAAAUAUAGUUCAACAUACCAAAGAGUUAGAGAGACUUAGGUAAGUUAAGUUCAAUUGUUUAAUAUGCUAGCAACGCGCAUUCCAAAUUUUAUAUGAAUUACCAACAUUUAGUCAGCACAAAAUGGUGGUUCAACGGACCCAACAUAUUCCAUUUAUUUAUUUAUUUUCUUUUUCCAAACCAAUUAUUACAUUGCAUCACAUAUUACAUUAAAUGAACGUACAAAAACGAAAAAUAUACUUAAAUGUAUGACAUGCAUGUAUAUCAAAAAUUGAAUUUAAAUGUGUUUAAAAUAUAAAUAUCUACAUAAAUCUACAGCUUUGGCUUGUCAAAGACUUAAUAUCGUUGCAAACAAUUACGAACCAAUUCGAUAUUAAUAUUAUUAAAUGGUUCUGUUCUUCUUUUUUAAGAGUCUGUAGCGUGGAAAGUUUGUUCUACAACUUUCCGCCCGUAAGACUCUUCUGUUUAUCAACUUUUGGAAUAGAAAAUUGAUAGGUCUAUCGAAACAACACAUAUUUACUAAUUGUUUUUUUGGUGAGCAUUGAACAAAACCAAAAUUUAUAGACACAAAAUCUCAUACAUUUUUAUACACAUGUCUAUAGUCAAUAAAUACUAAAUUAUGGUACUGUUUGCAAGGGUAUUCGAAUAAAAUGUGUUUUUGACUGUCCCAUUAAAUGGAUUUUUAAUAGAUAAUAUAUUAUAAUUUCAUAUAAUUCAAAAAUAAUCUUUAAAUUAAUUCGAAUCUCAGUACACUGAGCUCAGAUAAUUUUAUAACUCAUAUGUAAUUUUUUUUCUGUACACCACUUUGAGAAGUUCUUCUAUUAUAUACAAACCUUUAUAUGUACAAUAUGGUAAAUAAAUUAAUCUGUGAA